AGCAGCAGCAGCAGCCGCCAUCAGCGCUCAGAGAGCAGCAGACUGACCCAGAGGCGAUCCGUGAUGGACUCCAGGUCUCGCAGACUUCCUUUCUGUCUGUCCAGCUCCAGGCCGUCCUACACAUCCAGCCCAGCUUCCUCCUCCUCCUCCUCCUCCUCUUCCUCGCUGGGCUCCAGCAGGCUGUACAGCAGGGACACCGUGCUGAAUAAUGAGCGCUUCCCCAGAGCUUCAUCAUCUUAUAAAGCAGAGCUGAACCACCAGAGUUCCCGUCUCCUGAGCUCGUCCAGAGACUACAGCAGCUCUGAGAGCCGCUCCAGCAGCUGGAAGCUGCCGUCCUCUCUCACCUCCUCCAGCAGGUCCUAUGAUCGGCCCUGGGCCGAGUCCUCCCUCAGCAGCAGGACCAAACUGACUGAUUCUGAGGCCAGGUUGGGGCUGCGCUCCGGUCUGCUGAGCUCCAGUGAUGACGGCGACACUAAAAGGGCCAAACUGUCCUACAGCAACAGAGGACUGUACUCACGAACACCCAGCAGCUCUCUGACUGGAUCCACAUACUCCUCUACUGGGCUCACUGGCAGAGGUACAGGUGAAAAACAAAACGACUCUUAUAAUUCCUCCUGGAGCUCAUGUCCUCUCCUCUCACGCUCCUCCUCUUCCUCCUCACAUCCUCUGCUGUCCAGGAGAGAGCUGGAGACCAAGAACGAGGGUUUGGGAGAAAGAAGGAUGAGGACUCCGGGACUGGCCUCCUCACUGUAUCAGACCGACAGGGUGACGUCUACAUAUGCACAGGGAGCUCGGCCCAAAGAGUCUGCCUACACUCCCUCCUUUUCUUCCUCCUCCUCCUCCUCCUCUUCCUCCUCCUCUGCUAGAGAAAGCUCUCUGAAUCGCCACCUCUCGUCCUCCUCCCACCGGUCUUCUCCUCUGAACGACUACAGCAGCAGGACCACGUCCCGGUUCUUCAGCGGCUCAUCGACCCUGCAGUCGUCUCAGGAACCGACGAGGAACCCCGUCUCCUCUCCAGAUAUCUCCUCCUCUUACUCCUCACACAGCUCCAGGUACACUGCUCCCCUGCCCCGCCCAGAGGCCACGCCCCCUCCCAGGCCGGCCCCUGACGGAGCAGAGCCCGACGGGCGUAGCUCCACUCGCCGCCUGCUGUCCCGCCUCUUCUCUCGGCGCUCCAGCCAGGACUCGUCUAGUGGAUCUUCUAGUGUCCGCUCCGUCGAUGAGGACAGUCCGUCCACCGGUGGAGAGUCUGUGGACAGCGACGAGGGCGCCAGGACGUCUUCAGGGGCGGAGCCGGACUCUGGAGGGCCGGAGGCGGCGCUGGGGAGCCUCAGGGGCCGGAGAGCCGACCUCGCCCCCAUCCAGGAGAACCACGACGGCUAUCGGAGCGGGCUGGCUCCGUCCAGGACGCCAUCGUGGAGAGAGCCUGGCGUGGGCAGCAGUAACAGUGGAGGAGGAGGAGGAGGAGGAGGAGGAGGAGGCAGCUACUCCUGGCUCUCCUCCUCCCUCCGAGGUCGCUGCCCUCCUCUCCUCUCUCGCCUCAGGAGACACGCUCGGGACGGGAGCGCUCACUCCGCUGCUGGUCUGGAGGAGAGCUACAGCCGGCCGCAGCAUCUGCUGAGGAGGUGGGACGACCUGGAGCACAAAGCCACGCAGGAGGAUGAUGAUGAUGAUGAUGAAGAAGAGGAGGAGGAGGAAGAAGAGGAGGAAGAUGAAGAGGAAGGAGCGGUUGGGUUAGAGGCCUUUGCUACAGGUCGUCCCUGCAGACUGGAGGAUGAAACGUUGCCUGAACUUGAAGACGCCUCGGUGGAAUUCUCCCCUCGCCGCAGAGUAGGAGUCUAUGAGAACUUUCCACUUCCUGUGGGGUCUCUGGGGGGGGGCAGCCAGCUGGAGGCCCAGAAGGAGAAGUCCAUCUCCAGCGCAGAUCAAGAGAAGCUGCGCAAGAUCAAGGAGAGACUGCUGCUGGAGGACUCUGACGAGGAAGAAGGCGACCUGUGCCGUAUCUGCCAGAUGGGGGAGCAGUCGGCCGCCAACCCUCUGAUCCAGCCGUGCCGCUGCACCGGCAGCCUGCAGUACGUCCACCAGGACUGCAUCAAGAGGUGGCUGCGCUCCAAGAUCGGCUCAGGCACCAACCUGGAGGCCAUCACCACCUGUGAGCUCUGCAAGGCCAAACUACGCCUGAACAUCGACAACUUUGAUAUCCAGGAGUUAUACAGGACCCACGUACAGUCAGAAUAUGACGAGUUCAUCAGCAGCGGACUCUACCUGGUGGUGCUGCUGCACUUCUGUGAGCAACGAUUCUCUGAUGUCCUGGGGGCAGUCGAUGCAGCAGGGUUAUUCAACCUGGUGAGAAUUCUUCAUGAACACAUGGACAAUCUUGAAACUCCUCAUGGGGAGAGUGACGAGGAGAUGCGGGACAACAGACCGUCCAUCGAGUUCUCUGACCUGGACGACGACCUGGAAGACGAGUACUAAUUAUUCAGCAGCGGUGGAUGGAGAGUUAAAAUAAAAAAAGAGAGG